AUCGUGAGUCGUCACGGCGAUUACGACUUACCAGCUGUCAGCCAUCGAUUGUUAAAGAUUUUUGCUGGCUGGAAGAGCGGCGUUUUGCGUUCCCGUAAGCGCGCAUUGUUCCGUCCCCGCGGGGAUCGUUAGCGAUUGCUGUUCGUCAGCUACCUCGCGCAAUCCUGGCUGAAAAUGGACAGUAACGCCCGUUACGAUACGCCGCCCCAAGCAAGUACGGGUACAAGUGGCGAAGUGACACGUCAAACUGAAAUUCCCACGCUUACAGUGGCAUUACCGGUUAUGCAGGCUGACAUGCUGGGACAUUCUGGUGCUUCUACCGCCAGCGCAACGGCAAAUAGAAUGGCUGAUGGGGAGGAGAUUCCACCUCCGAAACCUGACUUCUCCGCGCCACCUCCUUACGAAGUGGCCACCAAAUUACCCAGUUACGAGGAGGUCCAGCGGGAAAAGACUCUGCAGGGUGAACCGCAGCCUCACGUGCAUAUGCCGGGAAGUGUCAGACCACCGCAGCAGCCUCUGACGAUAUUGGCCAUAGACACCGAAGCUGCAGAGGGAGAUCCGGAGAGUGGUCUGCUCGGUACAGAUUUCAUGUUCUUCACAGCGUUCCUCGUCGCAUUUCUAUUCAACUGGAUCGGAUUUCUCUUACUGAUGUGCUUCUGCCACACUAUUGCUUCUCGUUACGGCGCGCUGGCUGGUUUCGGACUGUCCUUGACAAAGUGGACGCUCAUCGUCAAACACUCCACUGACCUCGCCUCGCGAGAGAACUCAUGGCUAUGGUGGCUGAUAAUGGCAUUUGGAGUUCUCAUUUGUGUACGUGCCAUCAUCCAAUACUUGAACAUCAAGCGCGGCUGGAGGCUACUGUCUGGCACCGCGCAAGAACGUCUGCUCUUUUUCUAUUAAAAAAAAAGAAUCUGCACCUUCUUUAUCCAACUUGGCUUUAGAGCAAGCAGCAUUUUUAUGUGGGGUCAUAUUUGUAUGAUAUAUAAUCGACAUUCUUAAAAGGGAAAAGCAUUGUAUAGAUCGUAAUAUAUAUAUAUUAUCAGUCGUAUCUGUAGAGAACAAAUUCGCGAAUUUUUCGAAAGAUUUGACAAAUUCACUGUGUAAAAUGAAGGUAAUGCAAAACAGAGUAAUGAUGAUGAGGGAGUCAUUUCCGCACACACGUACACAUACAUACACACUGAAUCGCGUACACAUAAACACUAUUUUAUGUGGUGUCGUAAGGCAGGCUACGGGGAAAAGAUGUACAUUUUUAUUGCUCAAAAUAAUAUCAAGAGUGCUUUAUGCGAAUAAUUUUGUUAAUUUUGCGGAUUGUUCAUUUAAAUGUGGAUCAUCAAAAUAUGUAGACGCGUGGAGCGCGUAUCAAAUUGCGAUUGAUUGCGAAAUCGGAUCAAAAUGAGCUAUGCGAAGAGAUGGGAUUAUGCAAUUUGUUAUAUUUCCAGAUAUAAGUAAUAAAGAACAGAAGUUCUGAUAGUACGUAAUACAUUUUAGCACUAGGAAGGAGCUUCUCUAGGUAUGACUAUAAGAUAAGUAUAUCGAUAUAUCUUGCUCUUGUUUUUAUAUAGUAUUAUAAUUUAUAUAUACAUACAUAUAUUAUAUAUAUAUAGGGAGAGAAUUCCUACUGAAUUCCGCGAGAUACAUAAAUUUAAAAAAUAUAUAAAUAUAUAUAUAUAUGUAUGAAAAUUUAUUAUAUAUAACAAAGCGAUAUGCGAUUAUACGUUAUCUGUGAGAACUUUCAUUGUUAUACUCAUUACAACGAGAUAAAACAAAGAAAACAGCAC